CAUAUUAAUGGAGGGGUAGGACACAGAGAGAGAAAGCAAGAGAGAGAAGCAGAUCAAAGAAAAAAAAAAGAUCUCUUCCUCUUCCUCUUCCUAGCUAAGGGAAGGUGUUGGAAGCCAUGGCCUUUGCAGGAACCACCCAGAAAUGCAUGGCCUGCGAGAAGACCGUGUAUCUGGUUGAUCGGCUGACCGCCGAUAAUCGAAUUUAUCACAAGGCCUGCUUCCGAUGCCACCAUUGUAGAGGUACCCUCAAGCUCGGUAACUACAACUCGUUCGAGGGAGUUCUCUAUUGCAGGCCUCACUUUGAUCAACUCUUCAAGAGAACUGGCAGCCUAGACAAGAGUUUUGAAGGAACCCCGAAGAUCGUGAAACCAGAAAAAACAACUGAUCAUAGUGAGAAUGCUGCUACGAACAAAGUCUCGAACAUGUUUGUGGGCACCAAAGAUAAAUGUGUGGGGUGCAAUAAAACCGCUUAUCCGCUUGAAAAGGUCACGGUUAAUGGAACUCCAUACCAUAAGAGCUGUUUCAAAUGCACCUAUGGAGGAUGUACUAUAAGCCCAUCCAACUACAUUGCACAUGAGGGAAAGCUCUACUGCAAGCACCACCAUGUCCAACUCUUCAAGGAGAAAGGCAACUACAGUCAGCUUGAGAGUGACAACGAAAAGGAUUCGGUUUCCGGUAUUCAAGUUGCUGCUGAAUCAUGAUCCAUAGAAGUAGAUUUUCUCCUCAUUCCAUCUCCCUCUUCUUCUGGUUUUUCCCAGUCUCCAUGUUGCUGUGGUGUCUACAGAGUUUUCUUUUUCUUGUUUUUAUACCAAAUAGUUGGUAAUGGAUUUUUGGCUUGUAAGAAGAGAUCUGUGUAUGCCUAGUACUCAUAAAAUUUGUGGAACCUCUCUGGCUUGUUAGUGGUUUAUCGUGGGAGAUUUGUGGGAGUUGAUACAUGAUGUGCUAUGGCUUGCUUCAACAUUUGAAUGAAAUACGAAAUUUUUAUGGCUUGAAAUUCUGCUA